AUGGCAGCGCAGUCGACGUUACGACAUGGCCCGGACGAAGCACUCCGGGCGCUCAUGAGUCGCCUACUCGACCGUCUCCGUAGACGACUGAAACGCACACCACCAACGCUACGCCUGCUAGCUGCACUUCUCUUCACACUUGGUCUCGUUGGUGGUGGCAUGGGCUCAUACAAGUGGUGGAUUGAUAGCCGCAAGGAGAAAGAGACGGGAAGACGGCUGUUGCGACGCAACUCUGGCCUGAGGGCCAAAGAUGGUACACGAACCAUCUAUGUCGCAUACAAAUCCUCUACUGCAAAGGUCGUCAUCAAGCCAACCAAGCCGACCACCUUUGAUGCCCACCGUCGCUUGUUUCUUCAACCUCCUCGUGCUGUUGGCCUUAGUGACAGCAAUCUGCCACAAGUCCCUCCUCUCCAGACCAAGCCAGGCUUGAACCUCGCCUUCUUGCAUCAAUUCCUCAGUUUGAUGAACAUCUUGAUCCCGCGAUGGGGUAGUAAAGAGACUGGUCUAUUAUUCAGUCAUGGUGUCUUCCUGCUUCUCCGCACUUACUUGUCUCUCGUUGUUGCCCGUCUGGAUGGUGAGAUCGUGAGAGACCUAGUGGCUGGCAAAGGCAAACCCUUCCUGUGGGGCAUUACCAAAUGGUGUACUAUUGGAGCUCUGGCCAGCUACACCAACAGCAUGAUCAAAUUCUUACAGUCAAAGGUCUCGAUAGCCUUCCGCACUCGUCUGACGCGCUACAUUCACGACCUCUAUCUCAACGACAACCUUAACUUCUACAAACUCUCCAACCUUGAUGGCGGCAUUGGCCAUGGAGCUGACCAGUUUGUCACUCAAGACUUGACUCUCUUCUGUGAUUCUGCUGCUAGUCUGUACUCAAGUCUAGGCAAACCAUUCGUCGAUCUCUUGGUCUUCAACUAUCAGCUAUAUCGCUCACUUGGUCCGCUGGCUUUGACAGGCUUACUAGCAAACUAUUUCGCUACUGCUACCUUACUCAGAAGACUAUCACCGCCCUUCGGCAAGCUAAAGGCUGUCGAGGGCAAGCGAGAAGGUGAUUUCAGAGCGCUUCAUGCUCGACUCAUUGCCAAUGCCGAGGAAGUGGCUUUCUACGGUGGCGAUCAAAUGGAAAAGCUGUUCCUAGACAAGGGCUUUCAAGAACUCAAGAGGUGGAUGGAAGGCAUUUACAGCCUCAAGAUUCGCUACAAUAUGCUUGAGGAUUUCGUGCUCAAGUAUUCUUGGAGUGCCUUUGGCUACCUUAUCACAUCUCUACCAGUCUUUCUUCCUGCUUGGGCUGGACUCGCAGAGAUUGGUGAGAAGAAGGUAGCACAGCCUGCUUCCGAAGCUGCUCUGAUGGCACAAGCGCCGACAGACGAAUCUGGCAGUCGCACCCAGAACUUCAUCACGAACAAGCGUCUGAUGCUUUCGCUUGCCGAUGCAGGCGGCCGUAUGAUGUACAGCUUGAAAGAUUUGUCAGAGUUGGCAGGCUACACCUCUCGUGUCUAUACUCUGAUCAGCACUCUACACCGGGUACAUGCCUCUGCCUAUCACCCACCUCGCAACACCUAUCCCGAGCUCUAUUCUCUUGCUGAUGUGCAAGGUACACUACACAAAGGCUUCUCGGGCGUCCGCUUCGAGAAUGCUCCAGUUGUUGCACCCGGCCUAUGGCCACAAGGCGGCGAAGAGCUUCUCGACAACCUCAACUUUGUCAUCCAAUCUAACCAACAUAUUCUCAUUAUCGGCCCCAACGGUGCUGGUAAGAGCGCUGUCGCACGUAUCCUGGCCGGUCUUUGGCCCGUCUACCGCGGCCUAGUCUCUCGCCCCCGAAAUACCGGUCAAGAUGGCAUCAUGUUUCUCCCUCAACGACCCUACCUCUCUCCCGGCACGCUCCGCGAUCAAAUCAUCUACCCACACACCGAACUCGACAUGCGCAACUCUUCACGCCGAGACUCUGAACUCGAGCAAAUCCUUACCGAAGUACAUCUGGGCUACCUCCCUUCCCGCGAAGGCGGCUUCGACACGCGCAAAACAUGGAAAGACGUUCUUUCCGGCGGCGAAAAACAACGCAUCUCUUUUGCACGCUUGUUGUACCAUUCCCCUGCUUUUGCGGUUAUUGACGAAGGUACUUCUGCUGUCAGUAGUGAUGUCGAGGGUUUGCUUUACGAGACACUAAAGCAGAGGGGUGUUACAUUACUCACGAUUUCUACUCGUGCGAGUUUGAAACGCUAUCAUGAUUAUGUGUUGACGCUGGGAUUGGGAACCCAAGGUGAUGAAUGGGAGAUGCAGAAGAUUGGUACUGAGAGUGAGAAAGAUAGUGUGGAGAAGGAGAUUGCGGAACUUAGGGAACGGCUUUUGCAGGUUGAGGCUUGGAAACAGAGAAAGGCGGAGAUUGAAGCUGAAUUGGCCCAAGUGUGGAUGGAAGGUGGUGGUGUUGAUGAUGGUAUGCGCGAUGAUGCAGGUACUGAUGGUUACAACACUGACAACACCCAAGAGUUUGUCAGUGCCGCUGCUACGCCUUUGGAGAUGGCAUCACCAUAG